AUGCUUCAGCCAGACAUUCGGUACACCAAAGUGCGAUGGCUAUUAACCAUCGCUGGAGUCUUCCUGUAUGUCGGGGACAUUUGGACAGACAUUGUACUGGCUGUGAAAUAUUUUCAAGAGGAACAAUACGUCUGGACUGGGUUCACCGUGAUGUUUAUUCUGAUCGGGCUACUGGUUACUCAGAUCUUCAGCUAUGCCUGGUACUGGGAUGACUUGAAUGACCCUCUCUUAAACCCUGAAGGAAAAAAAGAAAUAUCAGACAUGUCAAAACCUGGGCUUGUUGUCCUGCAUGCAUUUGGAUUUGGCAUCUUUACCAGGUAUUACCACCUGCUGAAAGAGGGUUUCCAAGUGGUUUGGACGAAAUCAAAUGGCGAUGGGGUGGAUAAGCUGAGGGAAGUUCACAAGAAGCUGUUUUGCGUGGCCACCGAUCUGAGCAUGCUCAAGCUCUUUGAGACUUUCCUGGAGAGUGCCCCCCAGCUCCUUUUACAGCUUUACAUAUUACUGGGCCACAACGAGGUCUCAGUCAUGCAGUGUCUAUCUGUGGCCUUCUCCUUCUGUAACAUUGCAUGGUCACUGGUGGACUAUCGCCGCUGCCUGCGGAGAUCUCUCCCCUAUAUCAGAGAAAUGCCCUCUGGCCUCCCCACAGCAAUCUACCUCCUCUACAAAAUUUGUACCAUCACCAGCCUCAUUCUCAGCUACAGCCUCCUUCUCAUACUGAGUAUCUACACCACAGUAGUGCUCACUGUCCUCUGGCUGCUGGCAACAAUAUGGACACACUUGCUUGAAACCAAAUUCUGCUCAAGCAGAAGCCUGGAGUUUCUCUACAGGGCAGUUGCAGGAGUCAUCCUGACAUUCACAUUUUUUAAUGUGAAAGGACAAGACACAAAAGUAGCCAUGACCACCUACUACAUUUUCUGCACCGUUAUUAACAUUAUGUCGCCGUCGUUGAUGGCUUUGUUGAAGCCGGAGCUGCAAACAAGCACUUUGCUGCUGACAAUCAGCGGUUUAAUCUGUGGAUGCUCAGUGCUGGGACUGGUGUGCCUCAUUUUGUACUACGUCCAACUGCAUCCCAGAAGGGUGCAGCGCGAAGAGGAUGAGGUGGACGACCCGGGAAAGGAAACAAAGUCACUUGCAAGAAUCAAGAACUUCUUGAAACCUUAA